GUGGGCGGGGGGGAGGAGGAAGUGCUGGUCUGGAUGACUUUUUCAGAAACAACACAUUGCUUUUUGUCUCCCCAUCCCUUAGAGGAAUAGGCCUGUCUUCGUAGCCAAGCAAGAAAAAAUAUAUUUUCACAGAAGUGUUGCAAUAAAAGGGGAAGGAGAUGGAAGAGCAGGGCCCAGAGGGACCUGUCCCUAGCAAGAGAGCAAAGAAAGGCCCCCAUCCCAUCCAAGCUGGGAGUGGUGUUGAAUUCUGGAAGAAAGCUGUGCCAGAGACCUGGGAUCAGGAGCCCCUGAACUCAGAAGUACUUUCCCGACGCUUCCAGCAGUUCCGCUACCAUGAUGCUGAUGGACCCCGAGAGGUUUGCAGCCAGCUCCAUAGUCUUUGCAACCACUGGCUAAAGCCAGAGAGGCACUCCAAGAAGCAGAUCCUGGACCUGGUGAUCCUGGAGCAGUUCUUGACCAUCCUACCCCAGGAAAUGCAGGGCUGGGUCAGAGGAUGCAGUCCAGAGACUAGUUCCGAGGCAGUAGCCCUGGCUGAAGGCUUUCUCCUGAGUCAGGCAGAGGAGAAGAGGCAGGAAGAACAGGUGUGGGAUCUAUCCAUGAAGAAGAAAGCUAAAUUCUCUGAUGCUGAAAGUGCUCCAUUGGAGGAAAGGCAGCACAACCUGGUUAAGAAGUGUGGUGAAGAUGCCCUCUCACACGUAAGUCAAGAGACUGCGUUGUUCCAUUUUCUUUGUGGAGAUGUGGAAACAGCUGCUGCAUAUCCAAUCCAGUCUCCAGUUUCCUUUGAGGAGGUGGCUGUGUGUUUCGAUGAGACAGAGUGGGUCUUGCUGGAUCCAAACCAAAGAGCUCUCUACAGGGAAGUCAUGCUGGAGAACCAUAGGACUGUGGCCUCUCUGGAAGCCGGGAAUUUAAGGGAGACUGUGGUGGAGAAAGAUAAAGGUGUUACAUCUGAAAAAAGGCUGCAAAGUUUCUCAAGACGAUGUGAAGAGAGUAUUUUCUUCUCAGAUGAGCUAGUUGUGACACAUGUAGAGGAGAUGGUUGGAGAAUUCCAGAGGUUCUCUGUGGAAAAAGCCAAGGAGAAAGACUCCAAUGGAAACUUCAGGAAUGAUGGACUACAGAGGAAGGAGGGAAGCCAUGCAGACAUGAGGAGGAAUAAGUCCAUUUCACCCCAAGGAGAAGGUUUCCAUGAAAUCCCCGUCCAAGAAGAAGGAUCACCCAAACCAAGAAAGAACAAAGACCUCCAUGCUAACCAGAGAUUCCACAUCAGGCAAAACAAAAAUGAAAGUGUGGCCUUUGGAAAGAUACUCCAUCAAAACAUGAAUGGUAUUUCUGAGAGGAAAAUUCCCUCAGGAGAGAAACAAUAUGAUUGCAUCAAGUGUGGAAAGAUGUUCAGUCGGAAAUCAGCCCUUACUUCACAUCAAAGAAUUCACUCUGCACGAGAUGAGCAGUGGAAUCUGGGUGAUAAGGAAGUGCAUCAGCUAUUGUCACAGAAAGUCAAGAAUGAAGUUAUGAAAGGAAACAUCAGGAAUCAAGGCAGACUGAAGAGGCAGAAAGAAAGUCACAUGGUCGAGAAGAGGGAUAAACCCAUUCCUGGCCAAGAAUGUGUUUUCCGUGAAGUAAUCCACAUGGUAGAGGAAGCACACAAGUGCUUGGAGUGUGGAAUGAACUUCUCAGAGCAAGCCCAAUAUGAGAUUCAUUUACAAAUGCACAGUGGACUGAAGACCAAUCAGUGCUUGGAUUCUAGAAAGUGCUUCCUUGGCAGAGCAGAGCUGCCUGGGCAUCAAAAAACACAUACAGAUGGGAAACCUUGCAGCUGUUCAGACUGUGGAAAGACCUUCUCACAGAAAUUAGACCUUGUUCAACACCAAAGGAGUCAUUCAGGAGAGAAACCAUUUAUCUACUCAGAGAGUGAUAAGACUUUCUCUGAUGGAGGAAAUGGUAAUGUAAAUAUUUCUAAGGACAGUAUAAUGGAAGCAUGUAAAUGCAUUCAGUGUGGAAUGCAAUUCAAAUACAGAUCAGAGCUCCUUGUGCACCAAAGAAUUCACACAGAUGCUAAACCUUUUGAAUGCUCAGUGUGUGGAAAGAGAUUCAUUUGCAAUUGCAGUCUUCAAAGACAUCAAAGUAUCCACGCAGGGGAUAAACCUUUUGAAUGCUCAGAGUGUGGAAAGAAGUUCAGUUGCAGUGGCAGUCUGAAAGGACACCAAAGAACUCACACAGGGGCAAAACCCUUCCAGUGCACAGAAUGUGGAAAGAGGUUCAGUCGGCGUGGCAAUCUUCAGAUGCAUCAAAGAACCCACACCGGGGAUAAACCUUUUGAAUGCUCAGAGUGUGGAAAGAGAUUUAGUUGCCUUGGCCAUCUGCAGAGGCAUCAAGUAAGACACACAGGGGAAAAGCCUUUUGAAUGCUUAGAGUGUGGGAAGAGGUUCAGUCAAAAUACCAGUCUUCAGAUGCAUCAAAGAACCCACACAGGGGAGAAACCUUUUGAGUGCUCAGAGUGUGGAAAGAGAUUUAGUCAGAGUGGCCAUCUUCAACAGCAUCAGAGAACCCACACAGGGGAGAAACCUUUUGAAUGCUCAGAGUGUGGAAAGAGAUUCAGUCAGAGUAGCAGUCUUCGAAACCAUCAAAGAACUCACACAAAGGAGAGACCUUUUGGAUGCUCAGAAUGUGGAAAGAAAUUCAGAUGCAAUGGCAAUCUCCAAGAGCAUCUGAGAACCCACACAGGGGAAAAACCAUUUGAAUGCUCAGAAUGUGGUAAGAGAUUCAGUAGCAGUGGCCGUCUUCAAACGCAUCAAAGAACCCACACAGGGGAGAAACCUUUUGAAUGCUUAGAGUGUGGAAAGAGAUUCAGUCAGAGUAGCAAUCUUGCACGGCACUUAACAAUCCACACAAAGGAGAGGCCCUUUGAGUGCUCAGAGUGUGGAAAAAGUUUCAGUCACAAUAGCACACUUCAACAGCAUCGAAUAAUCCACACAGGAGAAAAACCAUUUGAAUGCUCAGAGUGUGGAAAGAGAUUCAGUCAGCGUACCGGUCUUCAAAACCAUCAAAGAACUCACACAGAGGAGAGACCUUUUGGAUGCUCAGAAUGUGGAAAGAAAUUCAAAUGCAGUGGCCAUCUCCAACAGCAUUUGAGAACCCACACAGGGGAAAAAUCAUUUGAAUGCUCAGAAUGUGGUAAGAGAUUCUGUACAAGUGGCAGGCUUCAAAUGCAUCAAAGAUCCCACACAGGAGAGAAACCUUUUGAAUGCUCUGAAUGUGGAAAGAGAUUCAGUCAGACAGGACAUCUUCAUCAGCAUCAAAGAACGCACACAGGAGAGAAACCCUUUAAAUGUUCAGAAUGUGGUAAUAGAUUUAGUCAGCGAGGCAGUCUUCAAAUGCAUCAAAGAUCUCACACAGGAGAGAAACCUUUUGAAUGUUCCGAAUGUGGAAAGAGAUUCAGUCAGAGUAGCGGUCUUCAAGACCAUCUAAAAACCCAUACAGGGGAAAAACCUUUCCAAUGCUCAGAGUGUGGAAAGAGAUUCAGUAACAGAAGCACUCUUCAGCAGCAUCAAAGAAUCCACACAGGGGAAAAACCUUUUGAAUGCUCAGAGUGUGGAAAGAAAUUCAAUCACAGAAGCAGUUUUCGACAGCAUCAAAGAACCCAUACAGGGGAGAAACCUUUUGAAUGCUCAGAGUGUGGAAAGGGAUUCAGUUGCGGUGGACAUCUUCAACGGCAUGAAAGAAUCCACACAGGGGAGAAACCAUUUGAAUGCUAUGAGUGUGGUAAAAGAUUCAAUUGCUGUCACAGUCUUCAAAUUCAUCAAAGAAUCCACACAGGGGAGAAACCAUUUGAAUGUUCAGAGUGUGGAAAGGGAUUCAGUUGCAGUGGCAAUCUUCAAAAACAUCUUAGAAUCCACACAAGGGAGAAACCUUUUGAAUGUUCAGAGUGUGGGAAGAGAUUCAGUCAUAGUAACAGCCUUCAAUCACAUGAAAGAACCCACAUGAGGCAGUUACUUUGAAAUGCCCCGCAUGUGGAAAUAGAUUCAGUCACCAUAACAGUUUUUAGACACAUGAAAGAACCCAUGCUGGGGAGGAACCUUUGAAUGCUUAAAGUGCAGAUAGAGAUUCAGUAAAAGUAGCAAGUUUGCAGUAAUCUUAAGUAUCCACACAAAGGAAAACUUGGUUGAAUGCUCAGAAUGUGGAAUGUAGUUUAAUCACAGUGGUAGUCUUUUACUGAAAGAACCCACACAGAAAGAACUCACACAGGAGAGAAGCUGUUUGAAUGCUCAGAGUCUGGAAAGGAAUUCCAAUGUAGAAGCAGUUGUCAGUGGCCUCUAGAAGCAAUACGAAGUUAGAAACUUUUGAAUGCUCAUCAUAAGGCUCUUGUCACCUCCUCUGUUGAGACACUGAAUUUGGAGAGUUUGAGUUUAUACCCCACUUUUGUCAACUGUACCUUUCCUCAGUGAAGCUUACAAACUCCUUCCCUUCCUCUCCCCACAACAGACACCUCGUGAGGUAGGUGAGAGAGUUCUGAGAUAACUGUGACUAGUCCACAAUCAGGUUUCAUAUGUAUAAGUGGGGAAACAAGCUCGUUUUACCUGAUAAGAGUCCACCAAUCAUGUGGAGAAGUGGGGAAUCAAACCUAAUUCUCCUGAUUGGAGUCCCCCACUCUUAACCACUACACACUUAUCAUCAGUUUUUUCUUCAUUGAUUUGAAAGGCACUGUUUGAAAACCUAAGGUGCAAUUUGCGGAUUUGAGCAAUAAGUUUAUGCCAUGUCCAGACCACCUUCCAUCAUAGAUGUAGGAUGUCAUUAGGGAUUUUACAAAAAAACCCUUCCCUAGCUCCAAAGCACAUAUACGACCAUAUCUCUACUUCAAAGAGUAUUUCAUUAAAACAAAAUGAGACCAUUUCCAGUUAAUGGUCAAUCUCCUGUUAGCCAUCAAGGCAGUCCAACAUGCCUAGUAUUUUCAAAACUUCCCCACCUUGGAAUGUGAGGUGUCAUUUCUAAUUGUUCCCUCUGAAUUAUUAGAGAAAUUGCUUCAAACUGCCUAGUGAAAUUCAUACUUAGUGUCUUGAACCAAUCAUAAGCACAAAAUCCAGAACAAUGCAACGUACUGAACAUGUAACCAAAAUAUAUACGCUUUGCACAAUGCCACUGGCACUAAUCCGAUUACGUUUUAAUUUUUAUUCAAUUUCUUAAUCAUAUUAAUGUUUUACACAAUGAUAAUCCAUUCAAUAUUUAGUAAUUAUUCAAUUUCUUAAUCACAUUAAUGUAUUACACAAUGAUAAUCUAUUCAAUAUUUACAGUAUAUAACGGAGAACUGGAAAAUGUGUUUCUGUACUCUUAUGUUCCUGCUGGGUGACCUUGGACUAGUCACAGUUCUUCAGGACUCUCUCAGUUUCACCUACCUCAUAAGAUAUCUGUUGUGGGGAGAAGAAGGGAAAGGAGCUUGUAAGCCAUCAUAAGAGAGAAAGGUGGGGUAUAAAUCCAAACUCUUCUUCUCCUUUUUCUUUUAAGUUAUAUUUUACAUCCAAUAAAAUUAAGGUAUUAAUUCUUC